AUGAAUGUCAGAAAGAGUUUGGACGUGAGGCUGAUCGCCUUAUGCACAACCUGCCUCCUGCUGCCCGCCAUCGCCUGCCCCUCACAAUGUAUAUGCAAGUGGAAGAACGGUAAAAGAUACGUCGAGUGCUCAGAAAAAGAUCUCAAAACAAUCCCAAACUCACUUGACCCAGAAACACAAGUAUUAGACUUCACAGGAAACGACUUGCAAGUUUUACAAAAAGAGACCUUUCACAAAUUAAACUUGCUCAAUCUUCAAAAAAUCUACCUACCAAGAUGUAGGUUGCAAAAGAUCGAUAACCACGCGUUCAAAGGUCUCGCGAACCUCGUUGAGUUGGAUCUCUCUAACAAUUACUUGACAGUCAUACCGUCGACCAACUUUGUUUUCUUCCCGUCGCUAAUGAGGCUCUCACUCAACAACAACCCAAUAACGAGCAUAAAAACUCACUGCUUCCAACAUUUAUCGUAUUUGAAUACUUUGGAAAUGAGUGAUUGCAAAAUAGAGACAAUAGAGAGAGACGCUUUUUCCGGACUCAACCACCUGGAGUGGCUGCGACUGAACGGCAACCGACUAUCAAAUAUUCAAGGUGAAAAUUUAUUCCCCGAUACGCUGCGAGGGAUCAACUUGCAAAAUAAUAAUUGGAAUUGUGAUUGCCAUCUCAGGGAUUUACAUAGUUGGUUGUUGAAUUUCAAUAUGCCGCACGCCGUUGAACCAAUUUGCUCCCUCCCUGAACGUUUGAGGAAACGGACGAUCGCGAGCGUCACGGAAAACGAGUUGGCGUGCGUACCGAAAAUGAGCCCUACGUCCGUGUUCUUAGAGACUAACGUCGGUAACAAUAUAACCCUCGAGUGCUUAGUGAAAGCGAUACCCGAAGCGAAAGUAACGUGGUUAUAUCAGGGCCAGAUCAUUCAUAAUUAUUCGAGCAUGUUACCGGACGUUCGCGAUCUGUAUUAUGUGGAGAACGGCGUUACGGAUAAAAAGAGCGAAUUGUACAUAUUCAACAUUGGGAACGACGGGAACGGCACGUACUCAUGCAUCGCAGAGAACCCCGCAGGCAGGUCGCGGGCCAACUACACAAUACGAAUACUUGUGAAGGAGGAGCCCGUUGUGAUAGUGGUCACGUUCCCACAGAGACAUCUCGUAGUCAUAGUCACUGUAGUCUUUCUUAUUAUUAUCCUACUUAUAGCUAUAAUCGCCGUAGUGUUAUUAAAGUUUAAAACAGACACCCGCAGUCGCAAGAAAAAAGAAAGUGGCAAGGAUGUAGCGUUAUGUAAUCAAAUUUUACCUUCGAACCGCGGGAACGGGAUGCCUAAAAAUAAUGGCAGCGUCAUUGUGAACGCGCACUCUCAUCACGCGCUGCACUAUACGGUACAAACGAACCGUGAUUACGACUCAACCGACGUGUAUCAAAGCAAUAACAUGAAAGGCUUUGUCGACAGGAACCCCGACCUAAUUAGCGACGCGGAAACUGUAGCUAACAAUGCGCAAAACGAGAAUACAGUGUUAUCAGUAUACAAAGCGCAAACCGCGGGCGGGGACAGCUUCCAAGAGGAAACCGCAUUCACCGCGCCGACAAUACCCCGGCAGGUCACGUGGCAGGAUCAACAGACCAUCAACAUGCCACAGAACACGAUCAACAACAUGUACCAGCACUCGGCGGAUGUUCACCUGAAUCCAGGAUGCUUCCUCGAUAACGAAGGCUACCCUUACGACUACGGCCUGCCCAAACAUCCCUGCCGACCGCCAAUAAUGUCCAACUAUUCGGUAGUCGGUCCGUUUUAUCAGACGCUGCCACAUAAUCGACCCAAAGGGCAGAAGCUUGUUUGUAAAUUCGCUAAAGAUACAGAAUUUAACGCGCCCACGCCACCCGCUUGUCCCAAUUUCGAGUUGCCGUUUGGGCCAGGAAAUGUGCGGCGUACUUUAGAAGGCUACCCUGUACCGAGGAAUAGGCAGAUCGCGUUUGUAGGCAACGGUACGGUGUAUUACAACGAGGAGUUCGUACCGUCUCCGCCAGAGGGCUACAAGACGGAACCAGUGCAGUGUUGUGCGCCAGCCGAGGCGUGUAGUUCGUGGGUGAACCCGAAGGGUACGUGUGCAGUGAUGGUGCCGAUGAGUGUGGCGGAGGGGCCGGGUCGGUGCUACCAGGUCGAAACCCGGUGCGUGGACACACAGACCACAGACGCUCGGAUGCCCGGCGAGGGCACUGAGAGUGUGCUCAAACCUUUACCGCAAGUGUCUAACGCGAAGUGUGCCGCUGACAUAUGUUCGGAAAGCCCCGAUGAGGGUUACGUCGGUGACGCUAACGAUAUCUGA